CCCCCCCCCCCCAUCCCAGAGAGAGAAGUCUGAGACACCAAAGAAGAACCGGCCAUGUCUUCUUCCUCUCACACAGAUCCGAUCAUGCGCCUUCUCGAAGAAAUCGAUGAUAUUCCCAAGCCGCCGUUCCCUUCUCAUAAAGACCCGUAUGACUUGAACAGCAAGAUCAUGCUCAUCGCCAUCGUUGCAUUAUCCGUCGUGGUUGUGCUGGUAGUACUCCUUCACACCUACGCAAGAUGCGUCCUCAGACGCCAGUCUCUUCAGCGAGCUGCCGCCUUACGCCGCCUGGGUUCGACUGUGGCCCAUGUCCACUCUUCCGCCGAGCCACCCAAGACGGGCCUCGAGCCCUCCGUCAUCGCCGCCUUGCCCGUCUUCCUAUACAAGCGCGUGCAGGGUGAGGGACGUCAUGAGGGCGAUGCUGACGUCGAGUGUGCCGUUUGUCUGAGCAUGUUGGAGGAUGAAGAAAUGGCGAGGUUGCUUCCCAAUUGUAAGCACAGCUUCCAUGCACAAUGCAUAGACACGUGGCUGAAUUCUCACACCACUUGCCCUAUCUGCCGGACGGAGGCGGAGCCCCGUAUGGCUCUCCAGCCGGAGCGACGGGAGGGUCCUGUGGCCGGCGCAGCAGCCACAGCUCCACCGUUGGAGCGGGUGAACUCCGUCUUGUCAUGUGCGGAAGAGACAUCGGAAGACGGUAAAGCAAUAAAUAGUGGUUCCAUUUCGAGGUUGAGUAGUUCUUUCAGAAGAAUGCUUAGUAGAGAAAGAUCUUCCAGAAGGGUUCAAUCAUAUGGUCAAGAAGAUGGUUUUGAAGAUUUAGAGAGACAGUGAAUUUGAUUCAGUAGGGGUGAAAUUAAAGUAUAAUUUUGCUAUAAAUACUUUUUGGAUUUAUUCGUAAACAUGUUCAUACGUGUAUAUCACACCAUAAAUUUCUUGAGAAACCCUAGAGGUAUCUAGUCUAAACGGCCACUCCCUAUGUCGUGGCUGCAUGUUGUGCCGACUGCCGACCGUCUACGUCCCCGUGGCGGGUGUGGGGUUGCGGCUUUAUUGAACAAAGAGUUUAUUGAAGGAGUUGUUAAUUUC